AUGAAAACAAUGAGUCUCACAACUCCAUCAUACUCUGUCAUGGCUUUGGACGCUGGCCCUGCUACCAAUACUGUUCCAGAAGAUAUCCCUGGCACGCGACUUCUCGUGGAUCAAGAUAUUACACAGCUUGUCAACCUCCCCCGGCCGAGUCAAUCUCCCAAUGAUCCUCUCAACUGGGGUCGUAUGCGGAAGUACACGUCGAUGUUUAUUGUCUGCUUCUGGGUCAUGCUGUUAGGCGGCGCUACCCUCUCGCCAGCGGUAACUUAUGGGCCCCUGAUCAACGAGAUAGGCGUGACUGUGAAUUUCCUUCACAUUGCGGCUGCACUCGCACUGCUACUUUUGGGACUCGGCAACUUGGUUUUUAAUCCUCUAGCACUACGACUUGGAAGACGUCCAGUAUACCUGAUUUCUGCUUUGAUCUGCAUAGCUGCCGAGAUCCUUGCCGCUAGAUCAAAGUCCAAGGGCGCCUACAUGGCGGCUCGGGUACUUCUGGGCUUUGGAGCGGCACCCUUUGAACAACUCCCUGCGCUCACGAUUGACGAUCAGUUUUUUAUUCACCAUCGAGGAUUCGGCUUGUCGUUGUACUCAUGCGCGCUCAACGUUGGGUCAUUCCUAGGGCUCGUGGCAUCUGGAUUCGUGACGGAUAGCAUGGGGUGGAGAUGGGUGCACUGGUGGUAUGCCAUCUUCCUUGGGCUUUCCGCUGCCCUCAUCUUCCUGUUUCUAGAAGAGACAGGAUUUGACUGCCAUCUCCACAAUACCGGUCCUAGCAAUGAGACCGAGGUACACGCCUCUGAACAAGCAAAGACCUGUUUCCAUCGCAUGAAUCUCUUCACUAGCCUCGACAGCCCCCUCGGCUUCGUUCAGCUCGUACUCGGCCCCUUCAAGAUGCUCCGUGAACCGAUUGUCUGGUGGUGUGGGAUUACAUAUGGGUUCGCGAUUGCUUGGCUUACCAUCAUGGCUUAUGAAGCUACCACCGUUUUCGCCACCUAUGGCUUCUCCUCUGCUGCCAUCGGGCUUGCCAAUAUAGCCCCCUUGGUGGGCGCCUGCCUGACCCUCUACGUCGGUGGUGCAGGAACAGAUCAGUUCAUGGUGUGGAAAGCACGCCGUAACAACGGAGUCAUGGAAGCGGAAUCACGCAUCUACUCUGUGCUCAUCGCGGGCCCCAUAAUGUGCAGUGGGUUAGUUCUAUACGGUGCUGGGGCCGCGCACCAUUUACACUGGAUGGGACCUGUCGUUGGGAUGGCCAUGAUUGGGAGUGCGCUCCCUAUUGCGGCUGAGGUCACGCUGGGCUAUGCGAGUGAGAGUUAUCCGUCGCUAGCCGGCGAGGCAACAACGGCGCUUGUCUGUAUCCGUAACAUCGAGCUUUCUAGGCUGCAGAAUACCUUUGUGACAGUUGGUGUGCUUGCAUUUGUCGUGUUUUAUACGGGAAUUUUCUUCAUCUGGCGAGGAAAGACCUGCCGGAGAAUGGGAGCAAAGCGGUAUCACCAGAUGCUUGGGGGGAAACUGUAA